GUGCCUUGUCAACGUAGAAUGACAACACUACUCGUCUCGUCUGCUUAUGUUUUGUUUUUUUGUUGAACCGGAACAGUUGACAAACGCAUUUCUAUUUUCUGUGAAUACCUAAAUCUUGCUUAUUGCCAGUUUGAUCAAGCGAAAGCAUUAGCCUAAGCAUGGAGUCCAUGCAUGAAGCGGCACGCCUGAAAUGAUGCUUAGAAUCCCAAACACCAACACCUCAAACAUCUAUUUUCAAGAAUUCUAAAAUAAUUGUUUAAUUUCUUCCUUAUUUAUAAAAUAUAUCUUCGCCAUGCCUAGAACUGUCAUGCAACUUGAAAUGAACGAUUCACCAUUACUAAGAAAAGACACUAUGAAACAUCGAAUUUCUAAAUGGAGCAGCUUCUUUGAGAAGCUCGAAAAUAAGGUUCACAACUCUCUUCAUGAGGAAUCUGACACAGAAGAAAUCUCUUUUGAAACAUUUGCUGUUGACCCAAAGUUUAAGUCUGCAGACGAAGAGUAUAGAAAAGCCAGAGUAUCAUUAUUGCAAGAGCUUGGUAUCACUGAAGAUGAAGUGUCACAAGUUGCAAGUAAAGAUAAUGAUGAAGGCAGCGAGGAAGACUCUGCUGGUGCAACUACGUCUGAUGAACAGGGUAGUGAGAGCUCUGAUAAUGAAGUCAGCUGCGAUGAAGGCAGUCAGAAAGACUCUGCCUCUGAUGAUGAACAUGGUUGUGAGAGAUCUGAUAAAGGAGUUGGCCCUCAAAAUAAAAAAGAAUUUGGAAAAUCGCUGAAACAUCUCCGUAAAGGAAAAGUAUCAUUACUACAGGAAGAUAGUAAUUCUGAAGAUGAAUUAGCUCAAGUGAAAGGCAGCGAUAUUGAUAAAGACUGUGCUGCAAUUGAAUCUGACGACGAGCAGAGUAGUCAAAGCUCAGAUGAUGACUUUAGCCCCAAAUACAAAAUAGAUCCAGAAACAUCACUGAGACAGCUCAGAAAAGAAAAAAUUUCAUUUCUACAGGAAGACAGUGUUUCUGAUGAUAAAUUGGCUCAAAAUGAAGGUAGAGUUAUUGACAAAGACUGUGCUGCUAUCGUAUCUGGCAACAAGCAGAGUAGUCAAAGCACUAAUGAAGAUUCAGAUAACCCAUCUAAAUUAGGUAAAAAUUUGGAUAAAAUCCUAAAAUUUAACAAGAACCAAGUUGAUGAAUCAAUAUCAAAUUUAGGACAGUGUGAAAACUCGGAAAACACCUUUAGAUAUAAGAGACUAGAAUCAACACUCAAUGAUGUGGAGAGUGGGUGUGAACACACACCGUCCAAACUCAACACUUUAACUUCACUUGAAAAUCUGAAUUAUUCAAGUACUAGUAGUACCAAAAGAUUUCAGUUGGUAAAGGGAAAUCAAAACAAAGAAAGAAAUUCCUCAUGUAGCUCUCUCAUUUCAAAGAGAACUGCAAAGAGUUUAUUAAGGAAUCUGGAAACUGCAGAUAAUAAUGGAGCAGAAAACAUUCCUGUAAGUAAUCUUGUGCUUCAUGGGGGCCAACACACCUCUCCUGAGAGAACCAAUUUGAAGAAGAAAAGGACAGGUGAUACCUCAAAGACGUGUCACAGAAAAAUUUAUAGCAAAACUUUGAGGGGUGGAGUUGAUGGAAUCCUAAUCAAUGACAGUUCUUUGCCCUUUAAUUCUGUCUGCACUAGACACAAAGAUGAUGGGUCACUGAGACCAAAUGUCAAGGAAACAGAGAUACAGGAUACAUCUGGGAUUUACACGCCACAUCCACAAGACUCGUCAACACAACAAGAUUUUAAUAACAAGGUGCCUGAGAGCAAAGCUGAUAUUAUUGAGAUGUAUAAUCAAUAUGCACUGUGGAAACUUCAGAAGAGACGAAAAUCAGGAUGUGGAUCUCUUCAUAUAGUUUCAAAUUUAAAUGAAGAACCGUCAGAUGAAAACAAAUUGGUGCCCAUUUCAUCACCAGUUGUGCACAAGCCUGUGCUAACACCGCGAAGAUUCUCAUUGAAAAAGACGGUAUACUAGAUCUCUGUGGCCCAUGUUUUAUUGAUAGUCCCUACAACCGUUAAACAAUGAUUGUCGCCAUGUUCUUUUUAAUUGUGUCUAUCAUCAAUUUUAAUCUCUAUCCAAGAUUUCUUGGCAUAGUUAAAAUUUUAAAAGAAUUAUUAUAGCUAAUUAAAAUAUAUAUGAUCUUGUGUUACAUGUACAGUA